AUGUCAUACCAAAGUUCCAAAAAGAUAAAAAAUCCUAUUUUCAUGGCUGGAGUUCCUGGAGUAAAACCAGUACAAGAUUUAUCGAAAGUUGUGAAAAUUCAAAGAAAAGUUCAGGAAUUAUGCAAAUGGAAGGGAAAUGGUUUUCCUGGUUCUCAACCUGUCUCUAUGGACCACAAUAACAUUAUCCAAUUUAAAAUCAGACCAUACAAAGUGUCAUGGAAUGCUAAUGGUACUAGAUUUAUGAUGUUCAUCCAAGCUAACAAGGAUGUAUUCUUUAUUAAUAGGAAUAAUAGUGUCUAUGAAGUGUCUGGUUUAACUUUUCCACAUUAUAAAGACUUUUCUAGAACUCUGAAUGAUACUUUAUUAGAUGGAGAAAUGGUUAUUGAUAAAGUGGAUGGUAAAAAUUAUCCUAGGUACCUAGUUCAUGAUAUUAUUAUGUGUGAUGGCAGAGAUGUAUCUACAGACUUAUUUUUCAUUGAGAGAUAUGACAUCAUCGAGAAAGAAGUAAUAGGAAGCCGAAUUAGAGCAUUAAAGGAAAGCCGAAUACACCGAGAUCAAGAACCCUUUUCUAUUCGUCAGAAGCAAUUUUGGGACAUCACACAAGUCAACAAGUUAUUGAGUGAAAAAUUCGUUAAACAAUUGGGUCAUGAACCAGACGGUUUGAUCUUCCAGCCUUCGAAGGAGCCCUACAUCCCUGGACCUGCAGCAAUCGUCUUGAAGUGGAAGCCGCUAUCAUCAAAUUCAGUGGAUUUCAUGCUAAGAAUCUUCGUCGAAUCAGGUAUGGGAACAUCACCUAAGAAAAUAGGUCAUUUAUAUGUUGAGGGUUUAGAAGAACCAUUUGGUUUUAUUAAAAUUACUAAACAAAUUCAACAGUUUGAUAAUAAAAUAAUAGAAUGCACAUAUAAUAAUGGAACUUGGUUAUUUAUGCGGGAAAGAACAGAUAAAUUUUUCCCUAAUUCUUUCAUUACUGUCCAAUCCGUUUUAAAUAGUAUAAUUAGACCCAUUACUUCCCAACAUUUAAUACAUUACAUUGAUAAAAAUCAAUUUAAUGAGGAUUGGGAAGAUUGCAUGCCACCCGCGAAACGUCGUAGAUAA